AUGGCCAAUACACAGAAUUCAACAAUCUCAUCAUUUGAUUCUUCUCCCGAGUUUCCUCCAAUCACCAUUCACCGUCCGAUUGAUUUCCCUGGAACACCUACUUCCGAAGUUUUAACUCCACAUCCCAACCCAUAUCCCACAGAAGCCUAUUCGAGCCCUUUUCAAAUUUCUACACCUGUCAUAAUCACUCCAGUGGAGCCUAGAGCUGUCAGAAAUGGUGUUCGACUGAAUCAAAUCAGAAGAAUCAGAAGGCGUCAAGAAUCUCGUGCUAUUUUCGGCAGUAUUCGCCGUCGUCUUUCCAUGGUUUCAUUCAGAGAAACUCUCCCAGAAGACCGGAUUGCUUCUCCACAAACUUUGCCUAGAAGUAAAAUAGUUGAUAAGACCAAAACGGCAAUUGAGCUGGAAUCGCCUAACCGAUUACAAGUUAUGCUUUCGGAAGAAAUGAAUAAAAUCUGUCUUUCUGAUGAAAUCGAUUCGACAAAUGUGCCUUCUGAUUCUUAUAAUUCUGCAAAAUUGAGAGAAAUCAAUCGAUUAGAAAUAAUGGAUAGCGUCUUUCUGGCACUUGAAUCUGGAUGCGAAGAGGAAAUUUCGAAUGCGUUGGAAUCAUUGGAAUGGAAUUUGGGUCAAUUGAUGCAUGAAACUGAGAUUAUUGAUAAGAUUGUUGAAGAUUUCGAAACGGAGAGGGAUGAGAAGAAGAAGAAGUGGGAUGAAGUUGAACUGAUUUUGAAUAUUAUUAAAAAUGAUAACCCAUAA